AUGUUCGCCCUCCGCAAGCUGCCCACUGCCCUCCCUCGACCACUCGCACGCACAAUACGCGCCAAUGCUACCCUAGCAUCCACCUCCGAGGCCGCUCCGUCCACUCCCGAAGAGCCAGCAGCAUUAGAAGCAGCCACGACUCAAGGCCGGCGGAAACGCAAGGUCCCACUGAAGCGCCCUCCCAUCUCCCUCGAGAACCCGCGCAAGUGGAAUCGCCCCCUCACACCAGGCGUCAUCCCCGCGUACGACCUCGCGCUCGCGUACCUCCGCCAGGACAGCGCGAACCUCAAGAAGGAGUUGGAGGAGCUCCGCGGGGUCAUCAAGGCGAAGGAGGGGGAAUACAAGGUUCUUGAGAAGAGGGUGUUGGAGCUGAGGGAGAAGGAGGCGGGUGUCGAGGAGCGCACGAAGGCGAGGAGCGAGCUGGACGCGGUGGACGCGGAGCUGGAGAAGUUACUGGAGAAGGCGGAUAUUUUGGAGGUGCAGAGCGAGGUUAACCUCCCGGAUGUGAGGUGGACCGUGAGCAAUGCUAUGGCGGACAUGUCAAAGGUCUCGCACCGGGCUCUUCUUGAGCAGAAGUGGAGGAAGGAUGGGGACCUAGACUUGCUGAUGGAACGUCUAUACCAAAUGCACGUCGUUCCGGACGUCUUGCCUGAGAUUCACCCGAGUCUCGACCUUCACGUCGUGGCACGCACAAAACCGAAGGAGUUCUUGAACUCGGACUCGAAGAAGGUGCAGAUGAACGUCGAGCCGGGCACCUUUCUUCGGCCCAAACAGACAUUGGUACCUCCAAAGUUGUUUGCGAGUGUCUUCCAUACCGACACACGUCUAUAUACGAUGCUCUUGGUCGAUCCUGAUGUCCCCCAGCCAGACACGGAGAGCUUCACGACAUACUUGCACUGGAUGAAACCUAACAUCCCUCUAUCCGCUACCUCUCCCUCGAAGCUCUCCGACCUCAACACACACACCAAAUACAUCCCACCUCACCCUCAACGUGGCACACCCUAUCAUCGCUACGUCUGCCUCCUGCUUCCGCAGCCCCCAUUAGGGGCGUCAGAGUACACCCUAACCGCGGCGUCCCGGGCCACCGGACCUACGUCGAUGCAUCUCGACAUCCCGGUCGUGCCAGAGGCAGAGCGGCUCGGGUUCAAUGUGCGAGAGUUCACCCGCAGAUGGAACUUGAACGCGGCUAAGGGGGGCGGAGCGCAUAUGUGGCGAGAGGUCUGGGACGAGGACGUCUCGGCCGUGUAUAAAGAUAUCCUCAACAAGCCCGAGCCGCGCUAUAGCCGCCCGCCCAAGGCCGACCCGUACGUGGAGGUGAAGCAGAAGAAAAAGUAUAUCGCGUAG